UUACUCAUCAGUACCCUCCACCCAAUUAUUUUCAGAGACUUGCAGACCUCCUCUUCUUCCCAUCCAUGGAAGCAGAAAAACAAACCAUGGCUGGAAACGAAAGAGAAGAGGAGAAGAAGCGGCAGCAAGGUGGUCUCAGAACCAUGCCAUUUAUACUCGCAAAUGAAAUAUGUGAUAGAUUUGCGACGGCGGGGUUCAAUGCGAACAUGAUUCAGUAUCUUCAGAAUGAGCUUCAUCUUCCUCUAAUACAGGCCACUAACACUCUCACUAACUUCGGCGGCACGGCCAGCCUCACGCCGAUCAUCGGAGCUCUUGUCGCCGACUCUUUCGCCGGCCGUUUCUGGACCAUCACCGUCGGAUCUAUUAUAUAUCAACUAGGCAUGAUAGGCGUCACCAUCUCAGCCAUCUUCCCCGUUCUCCGGCCGCCGCCCUGCCCUCUCCGAUCCCCCUCCUGCCGCAAAGCCUCGGCAUGGCAACAAGCUUUCUUCUACUUCUCCCUGCUCCUCACGGCGAUCGGCUCCGGCGGUCUCCGGCCCUGCGUCGUCGCCUUCGGAGCAGAGCAAUUUGAACUCGAUCGACCCCAACCGAACGGACGCCAAACCGGCUCGAGUUUCUUCAACCUCUUCUUCUUCACCAUGGGAAUUUCACUGCUGCUCGCCCUCACGGUUGUGGUCUAUAUACAAGAUAACGUGGGCUGGGGAUUAGGGUUUGGGAUUCCCACCAUGGCUAUGUUUAUAUCGGUGGUCGUCUUUGUUGUCGGGUACCGGCUUUAUAUAAGGAGGAAGCCGGGGGGGAGCCCGUUCGCACGACUGGCACAAGUGGUGGGCGCCGCCGUGAGGAAGAGAAAGCUGGCCGUGCCGGCGGAUGCGGGAGUUUUGUAUCAGGAUAAGGAGCUUGAUGCCGAUAUUUCGGUUUCUGGGAGGCUUCUGCACACGGGUCAUUUGACGUUUUUUGACCGCGCGGCAAUUCCCACCGCCGGUGACCUCUCCGCCACCGGCCGUCCUCAUCCAUGGCGUCUCUCCACAGUCCACCGGGUCGAGGAACUCAAAUCCAUCAUCCGCAUGCUCCCAAUCUGGUCCGUAGGCAUCCUCCUCAUCACCGCUGCCUCCCACAACUACACCUUCACCAUCAUCCAAGCCAACUCCAUCAACCGCCGCCUCGCCGGAAACUUCCACAUCGGCAGCCCCUUCCCCCCCCCCCCAGCCACUCUCUCCAUCUUCUCCAUCAUCUCCAUGCUCCUCACCCUUGCCAUCUACGACCGCCUCUUCGUCCCCAUCGCCCGCCGCCUCACUGGCCAUCCCAACGGCAUCAGCUACCUCCGCCGCAUGGCCAUCGGCCUUGCCAUCUCCCUCCUCUCCAACCUCUCCGCCGCCCUUGUAGAAACCCAUCGCCGCCGCGCAGCCCUUGCCGGACGUCAGCUCAGCGUGUUCUGGCUGGUUCCGCAGUACGCCAUCCAUGGAUUGGCUGACGGGUUCUCGUCGGUGGGACACAUGGAGUUUUUGUACGAUCAGGCGCCGGAGAGCAUGAGGAGCACGGCGGCGGCUUUGUUUUGGCUGUCCGCUUCGGUGGGGAACUACGGCGGCACAUUGAUGGUGACGUUAAUCAGCGAGUUUACGAAGAAGACGAAGCAGGGGAAUUGGUUGCAGAAUGAUAUAAACAGGGGAAGGUUGGAUUACUACUACUGGUUGGUCGCCGGAUUGCAAGUUUUCAACUUUGGGUAUUAUCUGGUUUGUGCGACGUUUUAUAGGUUUAAGCCACUGGAGAUCGCCGCCGCCGGCGAGAAAAUCGGCGACGUGGAGCUUGGGGAGACAGGCGAAGGGAAAGCUUGAUCGUGGAGGAGAUGAAUGAAUUGGAUUAGGCAGGGAGGGUGGAAUGGACGUGAUAAAUAAACUAUGUAAAUAUUAAAAUAUUAAUUAUGUGUUUUAGUGUUUAGAAUCUAUGAUUAGUGUAUUAAUUAUUACUAGU